ACUAAAGCAAAUGCUGGAUUUUACACAGAGUUUAUAAUCAAGGAGAGAAUAUAACUAUAUUCAUCUAGAGUGCAUAAUGAGUAAUAUAGUACACUGGAUAUUUAUACAAUUUGUAUGUGGCUAUUUUUGCAACUCUAACGCCUAUGAAGUAUACAGGCUUCCUGAAAGACAUAAUAUCACCCAUGUAAAUGGAUUAAAGUUCUUAUCGCCAUAUAUUAGUAAUUUUGCAAUAGGAGAACAUAAAAGACUUGUUCUAAGAUGUCAAGUGCGCACUGACAGAGAACCUAAUUUUGAGUGGGUAAGGAUAGAGAACUCAACGUCUGCAAAAGUUAUAAGAAAUAAUACUGACGAUGGACGCUAUUUGAUCUUCGUAAAAAGACGACAACGACGGCGAGGUGACACAUACAACAAUAAACUUGUAAUACGAAACACACAAGCAUCAGAUUCAGGAGUUAUAAAGUGUCGUGUAAAUGUCAGAGGGUCCGCUGUCAUAGAAAGACAAUUCAAAGUUAACGUUGGAGAAUCUAUAUUGACUCCGAUUAGACUGGAAUCAUACACUCAGCGUGGAGAAGGAUUGCUCCGAAUUCGCUUAAAGAACAAAUGGACUUAUUUUCAUUACAAUACUUUCAGUUCAGUAAAGGCCUCUAUUGUGUGUCGGUCUCUUGGAUAUCCAUAUGGGGGUGUAGCACGAAAUACAUAUGAAGAACGAACUAUAUUAGGACAUGCAGAGCAUCACGUGUACAAAAGUGAAAAAUAUAACCCAUAUUGUAUCUAUGGAAUCAGUUGUUUCCCAAAUGUUACAGAUAUCGUCCAAUGUCAAAUAAUAAAACAAAAAAAAUGUUACUCUCCACAUGUGCUUGGAAUUACUUGCAGGUUGGAGCCUGUUAAAAUUCCAGACGUGCCUGUUCGUUUGUUGGUUCCAGGCAUGGGGGUCCUGAAGUUACAAGAGGGUGUUGUAGAAGUUUUUCUUGAUGGUCAUUGGGGAUUCGUUAAUAUAAAUUAUAUCGGACAGUCCGAAGUACAUGCUCUUUGUCAAACCCUUGGUUUUAAGUAUGGUGGUGAGAGUUAUAAAGCAACAGAUAUUUAUUUUAAAUUCAAUUCGCUGGACUAUACAAAUCCAAUUUUGCGAAACCUUUCUUGCUCCGAGAAUGCAUUACAUUUUAAUGAGUGCAAUCAUACGGUAUGGGGAGAUCGUACAUUGGAUAGCAGUUGGGAUAUUUUAGCUAUUAAAUGCUGGACACAUUCAGAAAUAUAUGAUUCAGGAGUUCAAGUACGACUAGCAGGAUCAAACAUAGAACACGAAGGACGAGUUGAAAUCUUGCACAACAACGUCUGGGGAACUGUGAAUGAUUACUGGUAUGGAUAUCCGGGAGCGAAUGUGUUGUGCAAAAUGUUGGGGUAUCCGUAUGGAGGAGUACCUAAAUUUGAAAGAAUAGCUCCCGGACAAGGACCAACAUGGAUAGACUUCAUCGAAUGUCCUCUUGAUGCAAAUGAUUUACAGGACUGUGAGUUUGAAUGGGUUAAGUCAGAAGAAGACAUUCACAGAAGUUUGUUUGGAUCAGCAUUUAUUAAAUGCAGAACAGAACCGGUCGAAGUUCCAGAAGUUAAGUUUAGACUAAACGGAACAUGGAGUGGUCAAGGUAUUGGUAUACUUGAGUACUUUAAAGACGGGUACUGGGGAUAUGUGUGUGGGGCCUAUAUGGGAACCUCUGAGGCAUCGAUGUUCUGUCACCAAUUAGGAUUUACUAAAGGUGGUCGUCUUUUGUUUGGAUAUAACAAUUAUGGAUAUAGGAAAGGACAAAAUCAUUUUAAACAUGAUAUCGGACCAACCAUAUUAAAGUAUAUAGAAUGCCCUUGGGAUUCAGUUGAGCUCGAUCAAUGUUCAGAACGUUUAUGGGCUUAUAAAGAUGACAUACUAUCUUGUGAAAUGCACACACUAGAUGUAAAACUAAAAUGUAAUACAGAACCUUUCCCAGAUUACGAAAUACAACUAUUUGGUGGAAAUUCAAACAAUUCUGGACAACUUCUUGUGAAAUAUGAGAACACAUGGUUGAAGGUAACACCUGAACGAUUUGAAAUAAGAAAUGUAGCUGUUGUUUGCCGGCAGCUUGGAUUUAGACAUGGUGGAGAAAUGCACGUUAAUAUGUCCAUUUACGAAAAUAGUAAAAAUUGGUUGAAACUGGUAUGCAAUGGACAAGAACAAAAUGUUGGACAAUGCAACGGAGUGCAUAGAUUGUCUAGCAAUGCGUGGUAUAGUUACAGGAGUGCUGCGGUGUUCAUUGAGUGCUAUGAUAUCAACGGUCCAGAACUCAAAAUGACUGUCUCUUUAAAAAGUGAUGGAAAAGUUAAUGUCCAUCGAUUAGGAGCAACAUGGCAAAUAUGUGCCUCUGCAUGGAAUUCUUAUCAGGAACCUCUAUGGGAUGAUGUAGGUGCAACUGCUGUCUGUCGUAUGCUCAAUAAUAGUUUCAGCAAUGCAACUGCAACACACAUACCAUAUGAUUAUAAAGGAUUUCCAGCAACAGCAAAUAACAUACAACAACUUUACUGUCCGAGGGGUGCUUCACAUCUUGGAGAUUGUUUCUACGGGGGUUACAUAAGUUAUAAAGAAUCAAAGUUAGCAUCUCCAUGGCAACCAGGUGCUUGCAGGGAGGAAGAUUCAUACUACACGUUAACACGACGAGGAGGUGUUCGAUGCAACAUAUAAACAUUCUACAUACUUAUUCAAUGCAACAUAUAUAUAUAUAUAUAUAUAUAUAUAGUAUAUACAUAAGCAUUCGACAUAAUUAUUCAGUGCAACAUAUGAACAUUUGACAUACUUUUCCAAUGCAACAUAUUAACAUUUGACAUACUUAUUCAAUAAAACAUACAAACAUUUUA